GCGAAGGGGCGGGGCGGUGCGGGGCUGACCCGGAUGUUCACUCCUAGGCAACGGCGGAAGUGGAAGGGCCGCGGCCUGCCUCGGAGGGAGACCGGACGGGACCGGGAGGCGCCGCCGUUGCUACCGCCCAGCGCAGCCCCGCCGAGCCGCCAUGAGUGACCAGCAGCUGGAUUGUGCCUUGGAUUUGAUGAGGCGUCUGCCUCCGCAGCAGAUAGAGAAGAAUCUCAGUGACCUCAUUGACUUGGUCCCAAGCCUCUGUGAAGAUCUCCUCUCCUCUGUUGAUCAGCCAUUGAAGAUUGCGCGAGAUAAGGUGGUAGGAAAAGACUACCUAUUGUGUGACUACAACAGAGAUGGAGACUCGUAUAGAUCACCGUGGAGUAACAAAUACGAUCCUCCCCUGGAAGACGGUGCCAUGCCAUCUGCUCGCCUGCGCAAGCUGGAGGUGGAAGCCAACAAUGCCUUUGACCAGUACAGAGACUUGUAUUUUGAAGGUGGAGUCUCCUCUGUCUACCUCUGGGAUCUGGAUCAUGGCUUUGCCGGGGUGAUCCUCAUUAAGAAAGCUGGAGAUGGAUCAAAGAAGAUUAAGGGAUGCUGGGAUUCCAUCCACGUGGUGGAGGUUCAGGAGAAAUCCAGUGGUCGUACUGCUCAUUACAAGCUGACCUCCACAGUGAUGCUGUGGCUGCAGACUAAUAAAACUGGUUCUGGUACCAUGAACCUUGGAGGGAGCCUUACCAGACAGAUGGAGAAAGAUGAGACUGUGAGCGACUCCUCUCCACACAUAGCCAAUAUCGGACGCUUGGUAGAGGACAUGGAAAACAAAAUCAGAAGUACACUGAAUGAGAUUUAUUUUGGCAAAACGAAGGACAUCGUUAACGGGCUGAGAUCUAUUGAUGCUAUCCCCGACAACCAAAAGUAUAAGCAGUUGCAGAGGGAGCUUUCUCAAGUGUUGACCCAGCGCCAGAUCUACAUCCAGCCUGAUAACUAAACCAAUCCAGGUCUGUGCAGACUUUCGCAGACAAAUCAAAACAAGAAGCUCUUAAAAACGACCUGGUGGAGGCUUUGAAGAGAAAGCAGCAAAGUUAAAGUACUCUUCAUGCUAACAAGACAUGCCAUGCACUCGUUAGAUUCCUUUCUUAGAAAACUCAUCCCCCCCCCUUCCCCCUUGCCCUUUUCUGUUACGUCACGUCACGAUUUGCAUUCAGUACUAUCCAUGCAACGCCAUCCUCUCCCCAUGAAUAAAGCUGUACAAACUU